AUGAUCAAAGUACACGCUUUAAGUUGGAAAGCGAUGAGAGGAUGCAAGAUGGGAAAGCAUUGACUUGGGUCUUUCCCCCUGUGAGACCUCACUCUUCUGAGUCAGAGAGAGAGCGGGAGGGAGAGAGGUGCGGUGGUGCAGGUAUGAGGCACAACAUACAGACCUGGUGGUAAGUGGCUUGGCUUUACCUGCUUUACAUUCCACGCCCAAUUAAUGCUACCAACCACAGAAUCAACCACUGCUAUCUUAACAACCGUGAGAGGCCACCCGUGACUUCCAUUCCUCCCAAUCUCUUCUUCUCUAAUAUUCUCUACAAUCCAAACCCCAUUUCCACUAUCAUCAUGCACUUCAGAAACCCUAUAAAACCCCACUCCUCUAAAGUCCUUAUCCUCUCCGUGGCUUCUAUCCUCCUUCUCGCUCUUCUCUCCUUCCUCCUCUUCUUCUCCCUCUCCUCCGCCUCUCACCACCAUAGCCCUCGCCACUCCCCCCCGCAUUUCCCCCAACCCAUCACCCCCAGGCCCUCCACCGCCUCUGUUCCUCCCCAGAUCCACCAGGCCUGCGCCGCUACGCGUUACCCAGAAACCUGCGACGCCUCUCUGAUCGCAUCCAAUCGGGUCCCUCCCGACCCCAAGCCCAUCGAUGUCAUCCUAUCAGCCUUAUGGGUCUCCUUGGAGAAUCUCAAGACGGCGCAGUCCAUGGUGAAGGACAUCCUGGACGCAUCCGCAGGGAACCAGAAUCGGACGACGGCGGCGAAGAACUGCCUGGAGGUGUUGCAUAACUCCGAGUACCGGAUCUUAUCGACAAUGGAGGCUCUGCCACAUGGGAAGAUCAAGGACGCGAGGACCUGGAUGAGCGCGGCUCUACUAUACCAGUACGCUUGCUGGUCAGCGUUGACGUUCGUCAACGACACUCAACAGGUGAACAAAACGAUAUCGUUUUUAGAUUCCCUCCUUGGGCUAAGCAGCAACGGUCUAAGCAUGAUGGCAUCUUACGAUAUUUUCGGGAACGACAUCGGGUCCUGGAGGCCCCCCAAAACAGAGCGGGACGGCUUCUGGGAGCCUUCCGGGUCGAGCGAAGGAUCCGGAUUAGGGUUCAAAGGCGGAGUUCCGACUGGUCUUCGACCAGACGCCAUGGUGUGCAAGGGCGGCAACGGGUGCUACAAGACGGUGCAGGAAGCGGUGGACGCCGCGCCGGCUAAAGCCGGAGAUCGAAAGUUCGUGAUUCGGAUCCGAGAAGGGGUCUAUGAGGAGACGGUUCGGGUGCCGUUGGAAAAAAAGAACGUGGUGUUUUUGGGAGAUGGGAUGGGUAAAACGGUAAUUACGGGAUCGUUGAAUGUGGGCCAGCCUGGAAUUUCCACCUACAACACAGCGACUGUCGGUGUAAGUGGUGAUGGGUUCAUGGCUAGUGGUCUCACAUUCCAAAACACAGCCGGUCCUGACGCCCACCAAGCUGUAGCUUUCAGAUCAGGUAGCGAUUUAUCAGUGAUUGAGAACUGUGAAUUCUUAGGCAAUCAAGACACUCUCUACGCUGAAUCCCUUCGCCAGUUCUACAAAUCAUGCAACAUCCAAGGCAACGUGGACUUCAUCUUUGGCAACUCCGCUUCAAUCUUCCAAGACUGCCUCAUCCUAAUCCGCCCCAGGCAACUCAACCCAGAAAACGGGGAGAACAACGCUGUAACAGCACAUAGUCGAACAGACCCUGCCCAAACCACAGGCUUUGUUUUCCAAAAUUGUGUGGUCAAUGGCACCGACGACUACAUGAAGUUGUACUACAGCAACCCUAAAGUACACAAGAACUUCUUGGGGAGGCCAUGGAAGGAGUUUUCAAGGACUGUUUUUAUCCAGUGUUUGUUGGAGGCUCUUGUGACACCACAAGGGUGGCUGCCAUGGAGUGGUGACUUUGCAUUAGAAACACUUUAUUAUGGGGAAUUCAACAAUUCUGGAUUGGGAGCUAAUUUGUCUGCAAGAGUAACAUGGAGUAGCCAGAUUCCUGCUCAGCACAUAAACAUGUACUCGGUACAGAAUUUCAUUCAAGGUAAUGAGUGGAUUCCUACAACUUCUUGAUUAGUAACACCGGCCACAUUUGUAGAAAUAGAUUCAUCUGAGAGGGAGGUUUAGAUCCCUUCACAGAGAUAGAAGCUUUUAGUCCAUGUUGUACUCAAACUAUUAAUAGAGGAGAGAAAUUUCAAAGUUUCUGCCACGUA